CCCUGUGGCGGCGGAAGUGGCGCCCUUUGUGCUCCCUGCGCUGCACGAGCGAAUGCCGAGGGCGAGCGCCCGUUCCGCGGCGGCCGCCGGGUCUCCCCGCGGGGCCCGGGACGGCGGGGAGGACUGCGGGAGCCCAGGGCCCGGGGACUUGCAGAAGGGCACGUCUAACAUGUCAUUUGAGGAGCUGUUGGAAUUGCAGAACCAAGUGGGGACUAAGACAUACAAACAAUUGGUAGCCGGAAAGAGCACUAAGAAGCAAGGCUCUAGACCACCUGUCCAAAAUGCAUGUGUUGCAGAUAAGCACAGGCCUCUGGAAAUGUCAGCCAAGGUCCGGGUGCCGUUUUUGCGUCAAGUUGUCCCCAUCAGUAAGAAGGUAGCCCGGGACCCCCGCUUUGAUGAUCUAUCAGGGGAGUAUAAUCCUGAGGUGUUUGACAAAACGUAUCAAUUCCUGAAUGACAUCCGAGCCAAAGAGAAAGAGCUUGUGAAAAAGCAGUUGAAGAAGCACCGUUCAGGGGAGGAGCAUGAGAAACUGCAGCAGCUGCUUCAUCGAAUGGAGCAGCAAGAAAUGGCACAGCAGGAACGAAGGCGGCAGCAGGAGCUGCACCUGGCCCUGAAGCAGCAGCGGCGGGCUCAGGCCCAGCAGGGCCAUCGGCCGUACUUCCUGAAGAAAUCUGAGCAGCGCCAGUUGGCCCUAGCUGAGAAGUUCAAGGAGCUGAAACGCAGCAAGAAGCUGGAGAGCUUCUUGAGUCGAAAGAGGCGCCGAAAUGCAGGCAAAGACAGGAGACAUCUUCCUUUGGGCAAGGAGUAAUAAGGAACUGUUUCCAGCUCUGCCGCUGCCCCAAUGAGAAAUGGAUCUGUGGGGACAGACUUGGGCUUGACCUCUUCUGCUUCUUUCCCAUUCAAGGGCAGGGAUCACAGCUGCUCUUGAACUAGGUUGGUUCAGAGAAGACUAGAGGGCUCUUGGAAUGCCCCUAAGACUGGACAAGAGCAGCUCAGCUUCUACCAUGCCACACUGCGUCUGUUUGGCUCUGGUUCAUUAUGUCUCUCGUGUUCUCUCAUCCUUGCCUUAAACCAGUGAUUCCAUUACAGAAAGAAAGGGGCUAGUGAGUGACCUUGAGGCCUGUGAAGGCCAUGGAGUCUGUCAAUGGCUCCCAGGGCUGAGACUUUAUGUGGCAGCCAGUUCAUACAUAUCCUUGUCAUUCUUCUUUUUAUUAUUUGGCUUUUUUUGUGGGGUUUGUUGGUGGCCUAGAACUACUAUUUUAGUGAGCCACGUGUAGGGGUAGGCAACAAACCUAAGGCUCCUACAGAGUGAGAAGUCAGAUCAGAGACCACUCUGCUAAAAUCCAGAAGAUGACACGAUCAAUUAAAAAGUGAACCAAUCCCACAGCUCA